AGCACAAUUGAACUUAUUUUUCAACAUCAUCAAAUUAAGUUGAAAGCUUUCUUCUACUUUUCUUACCUAAAGCUUUUCAACUAUCAAGAGAAAGACAGCAUACCAGCACCGGCAAAAUGAGCGUUGAAGUGUUAGAUGGUGCAACAAUUAUCAGCUUUGUCGAAGACGAAGAUGCAUUCAGCGUCUCUGUACAUGACCGUUUCACCAACCUUGAUAAAGACAAAGAUGGUCUUCUUUCCUAUGCAGAAAUGAUGAAGGAGCUAAAGAGUCUGAGGGUGUUUGAGACUCAUUUUGGAAUCGAUGAGAAACCAGACCCAGAUGAGACUGCUAACUUGUACAACUCCUUAUUCCUGAAAUUCGACCAUGACUCAAAUGGGUCUGUGGAUCUGGAGGAGUUCAAGGCGGAGACGAAGCAAAUGAUGCUUGCUAUGGCCAACGGUAUAGGAGUUUUGCCUAUACAAAUGGCCCUGGAAGAGGAUAGCUUCCUCAGAAAAGCUGUGGAGAAGGAGACCACUAAGUUGGGUGCUUAAAAUGUUCUUGUCGUGACAACUGAUUCAUUCUUCUUUUUAUUUAUCCAUUGCAGUGCGUUUUUUGUUUUCUGGUUACAUGUGUUUUGAAUUCUGGAGCAUGUAAUAAUGAGCUGAAUUAAUGAAAAAUGUUUAUUGUUGGUAA